GCUGGGUAAUGGGCUGGUAGCUGGCAGAGGGACGAUGAUAGAGGUGACUCAAGCAGAAUGAGGUGUGCGGUGUGGUCGAGGAUGCAGUGAUAAGGGCGGAAAAACUUCGGCGCAGUCGAGUGCUGUGUGGUUUGUAUGGGGCAGAUUGAUGUUGAUGUUUGCGGGGGAGGGGUCAAGGAAACUUUUUUCGGAGACGACCUCGAAGACGUGAGAUGACAUGGGUUGAAGCACUGACUGCGCUCAGAUCUCAGACCUCCGACCUCCCGCUUCUUCAUUCCUUGUGGCUGCAGGAAGUCGACCACAUCUGUGUGAUACCCUCCGUCUCUCCGCCACGAUCCCAACUGGCCAUUCUCACGUUCCACUAACAUGGCAACCCGCGCCAUCCGCAUUGGCUUCGUGCCCGAGCACUAUCUCCUCCCGCUGCACUUCAGCAACAAGCACAAUCUUUUCCCCUCCUCCCUGCAGAUCAACCUCGUCCCGUUCCCCUCGGGGACUGGCCACAUGAUAACCUCCCUUCGUUCCAAGGAGAUCGACCUCGCAAUUGGCCUCACCGAAGGCUGGGUCGCUGGACUCCUGAACCCUUCUGUCCAGGGCCAAUCGCUGCAAGAGAAGGGGUAUUCCAUUGUCGGGUCAUGGGUGUCUACUCCGCUUCGGUGGGCCAUCGUGACGGGAAGAAACCGAGACGACAUCUCGUCUGUGGAUGAUCUAAAACAACAUCGACGAGUGGGUGUCAGCAGGAUGGGCAGUGGUAGUCAUAUCAUGGCCUUCGUUCUUGCGCAGCAGGAAGGGUGGCUCCAUCAUACCAAGGACCAAAAGUCAGAAGGGCUGACCCUCGUGCCGCUGGGGCCCUUCAAGGAUCUCCGUGACGGCGUAACUGGCAACACGGCCGACUUCUUCAUGUGGGAGCAUUUCACUACGAAACCUUAUUUCCAUGGGGAUGACACGCCCCUGAAGAAGAUUGGGGAGAUCUACACGCCCUGGCCUAGCUGGCACAUUGCAGCUUCAACUGACGCAUUUCCGGACCCGGGCUCGGAUGAGACCCUGAGGCAAGUGUUCGAGGCGCUGGACAAGGGAAUCAAAAUGUUCAACGAGGAUCCUAGCGCUGGGAUCAAGAUGCUUGGAACAGGUGAGGCUGGUUGUCACUAUUCCGAGGAGGACGGGAGGGAGUGGCUGAAGGAUGUGAAGUUUGUGGAUGGCACGAGAGGGGUGGAUGCUGGAGUCAUGGGAGGAGUGGUAGAUGUGCUCAAGACGGCUAAUGUCAUUGACACCACUGUAGAGAUCCGAGAGGGUGAUGGGGUUAUUGGAAUCGCGAGGUAGGAGAAAGGACAAGACUGGGGAACCGGGUCUAGCGUCUCCCCUGGUAGAGCUUGUACAAGUACCAAAUAUGCUAAUAAGGACAAUUCAAAACACA